AUGCACAACCUAGCCAGUAGAAGGGUGGUCCCUGGGGGAAUCUGUCCAAUAUGUCAGACCGCCGAGGAGACCAUUGAGCACGCUAUUUUACUCUGCCCUUGGACAAGGGCAGUUUGGUUUGGGUCCAAGUUCCAGUGGACCAUCAAUCCCAACGGUCUUACAUCCUUUGACAGAUGGUUGCUAAAAGGAGUUAAUCUCAUUAAGAGUUGUUCUACAGAUCUUGAAACAGACCUAGCAGUUCUUUCUUGUAUUGUCUGGAAUGUUUGGAAGAAACAUUGCAAAGCUAUAUACCAAUCUGUUAACCCCAAUCCAUGGAUGGUCAUAUUUAUUAUCAAUUCCAACCAGCUGGAGUGGAACCAAAGCUUGCACAGCAACAACCAAGAAUUAAGGGAAGAGAUUAGAACCAUACCUGACAGGGAAGGUUGGACCCCCCCACCAGAAGGAUUUAUCAAGAUCAACGUUGAUGCAAGCUGGUUGAGUGGCAACCCCUUCUGCUCCAUUGGUUGUGUUGCUCGGGACUCUAACGCCAAUGUUCUGCUUAGCUCAUGUAGGAAGGUCCUGGCUCCAACCCCGUUAAUUGCUGAAACUCUGGCUAUUCGUGAAGGAGCUCUAAUUGGCCAUAACCUUGGUUGGAACAACAUAUCCAUUGAAUCGGACUGCAAGGUAGCGGUGGAUGCUUAUGAUGCAGGGAAACAGAUGGGGGAAAUUAGAGUGUUAAUACAAGAUAUCAAAGACUUACAACAGAGAUUUCAAUCUUGCAGAGUGAAAUGGAUUGCUAGAUGUAAGAACCAGGUCUCUCACCUGAUUGCUCAAUUGGGUCUCAAGAACCUUCUCCCUCCAGGUUGGCUAUGGAACCUCCCCAAACCCAUUCAGAAAGCUCUAAUUGAGGAUGGCAGAGGCAUUCCCCCACGCUUCUAG